AUGAGCGGGCGAGAUACCAGCGGGACGGUGUUCAGUAAUCGUGCAGCAUUGCACCAGCCGCAUCAUAAUCGGUCGUCGGUAGACACUCAAGUGUUUCCAGGAAUAACGCCCCAAUCGACGGGCUCACCGGACGCGAUGGGUUUGGGUGCGAUCCCGGACGAGGCAGCUCGCCGAGGCAGUAACGGUGGUGUCGUGAUGCGUAACCGAGUGAUCGAUUUGGACAAGAACCGCAUCAAGUGCAACCGGAACCGGAUCUGGCCACGGCCGUCUAGUUUCUUGAGCUUCUUCAAGCAAACGCUCGGUUCCGGUGGCAGUGCUUCCGGGGCUGGAGCUGUCGCAAGUGGGCGAACCGAUCGAGAGUGUAGUGUGCCACCAACGAAGCGUUCUCCUGCCAGUUUCACGUCGAAUGGUUGCCCACCCACCGUGAAGGAUAACGUGGAUGGGAAAAGCGCGACAUCGGUAGGCGGUGGUCAACGGUUGGAUCUGGAUGUGAUCCGCAAGCUGGAAGAGGAGAUCUACAAGCGAGGUCGUGAGCAACGGCCCGAUGCGGAAGCGAAGGACUUCCAUGAGUUUUAUUUCAACAACCGGCGGCAUUCGGGCGUCGAGCGGAAAACGUUCUCCAGUGAGACGUCCGCGUUCACCGGUGACGAUCACCGUGCCGUGCUUCUCGUUGAUCCUCACGCUCUCGAACCGAUCCUGCUGAAGCGACCGCUCAGCACGGAUGAAGCGCGACUGCUGAGUGACGGAUUGGUGGAUGCGUCGGGCGAACCAGGCCCGGUGUUGCCACACGCGAACGGUGGCAACCAAUCGAUCAUCAUCGUCGAUAACUCCGAGUACUACCCGGUGCUGAUGCGGUACGACAUCAACGCGCAGCAGAUCGACCGGCAGCACCAGCAGCAGCAGCAGUUCCGUCGCAACCGAGCGGAAAAACUUAAAAUAGACACCGUGCAGCAGCAGCAGAGUGGCAGCUCGGUUGGUGUCGUUGUUGCGCCAAUCAAGCGCCAGUCGGCCGCAAAUGGUACGCCAACGUCACCGGUCGUUGGGGGUUUCCCGGUGAAAAGCGACGAAAAGCUGUCAUCGGGUGCGUCCUCUUCGUUGCCGUCAUCUUCUUCGCUGAGUGGGGCCACAACACCCGGCGUGGAUUCAUCGUCGUCGAUUGGUGGUGGCCUUUGCGAACCGUUUCCCAAGAAUCGUCCCCCACUGAUGAUGUCGAAUGGUAUCACCGGUGGUCAGACGCCUUCAGGAAGCGAAGGUGAAAGUGGUGGACGGAACAAGAAACAGCUGCACCAGAGGACGGCUAACCUUUUCCAGCGGUUUCUGCAGCAACGCCGUAGCCUUAACUUAUCUGUACGCCGUAAACGGACGAGUCGACAGCAUGAGUGCACUCACUUCAAACACGUGGAUGGUGCGUUUGCGAGAACACACUGGGCGGAUGUGAUCCUGCUAGGAGGUGGCCAACGAGGAGCAAGUUCUAGUCCUUCAGCUGGUACUUCGACAUCCAAACCCACCGGGAACAAGGUGAAGUUCGAGUACCUCAAGCGGAUGGCCCGGUACGAUUGUGAGACCACCGGUGCGAAACUCCCGGGAGGUUCCCAACGCCGUCGUGCGGCCAGUGAGCCUGAUCUCGUGUCUUGGCAGAACUGGAAAAGUGAUGGUUUCGUGCGACAUCUCCAACGACACGCCAAGCGAAAGACACUUUACUGGAGCACCGGAGAUUUGACCGGUCUCGAGCAGAUGGUGCGUUUGGGCAAGAACUUUGAGAACAUCUUCGACAGCACCAGUGACCACCUGUCGGCGAGGCUUUCAGCAGCCGUCAUGUCAGGUUCCAGCUCAUCCUCAGUGCCACUAUCCGGUUCGGGAUCACUUUCAUCCUCCUCAAACACUGCGUCUUCGAUGGGCAGCACAUCCAGCCAGCGGUUGCUGCAACGUCGCCUAGCAGCGGCAUUGCUGAAGUCCGCCCAUCCGCAACACCCCAACAGCAGCAGCAGCAACAACAACAACAGCAAACCACCGCUGUCCUCAAACUCAUCCACAUCACUGGUGGGGUCUUCGAAUGGACCACAAGCGACCCCAGGUGGUGGGAACUUUUUGCGCAAAAAAUCAUCCUCCUUCCGGGGAGUUCUCCGGCGCUCAAACACCCCGGACGUGGUGAAUACCUGGGUGUAUCGCAAAAGCUACGAUGGCUCUGGAAACGGUCUAGGAGAGCCCCCGUACCACCGGGGGCACGGUAGCCCACACGCUUCGCCAUCGCGGUACUCCUACAACAACACUGCCAAAAGCCCGCUUCAGCAUUGGCGUACGUCCAGCGCCGGUGCGUCCGACUUCAAACGCAACUCACGUCUCCGCAGUUCGGCCAGUGCAGCCGUACCCGGUGCGACUGGGCACCAUCAACACCACCAUCAUCACAACAUGGUCGACCUGAACGUUCCCCGUGGCCAUUCGCCACACUUCAGCCCGUCCCGGCAGACAACGCAAACCGGGGAUACGCAAACGCUACACGUUUAUCUGCCAAACCAUGGUUUCCGGAUGAUACGCUUCGACGAGGCCUCGGAUGUCCGGCAGAUCAUCAACCUGAUCGUCGGAUGGAUGUCACCCGGUCACAAACCGAACCCACAAAGCUACGCCCUGCGGCUGCGCCACAUGCUUACCAAAGAGGUCCUCUGGAUGCCACCGGACACGUCGAUGUCGCAGGUGAUGGCCCACAUCUUCAACCCGUCGUGUAGCAACGCGGACUGCCCGAACGUGGACAAGAGCACGAUCGCGAAGCGCAUGCAGCAGAAGGCGAGCGGGGCGGUUGGGCACGCGAACAGCGUGUGGAAGGCGGAACUGCGCGUCCGGUACAUCCCGAAGAACCUGAAGGAGCUGUACGAGCGCGAUCGCACCACGUGCCACUUCUACUUCGAUCAGGUCAAGCAGGACUACAUCCAGUCGAACGUGCCGAACAUCGAUCCGGAGAUCGCGGUGCAGCUGUGCUGCCUCGGCAUCCGGCACUACUACAAAGACACUAACCAUACCUCGAACGACCGGAAGCAGCAUCUCGACUACAUCGAGAAGGAGAUGGGCUUCGGCAACUUCAUACCGAAAUCUGUGAUAGAUACCAUUAAACAGAAGAACCUGAAGAAGCAGAUCCAGGCCGGCUACAAGAAGGUGUACAGCUACAACGAGAUGGAGUACAUGCUGAAGUUCUUCGAUCUCCUGCGCACGCAGUACACCUUCGAUCAGGAGCAGUUUAACGUGCAGCUGAGCAGCGGCUGGAACAUCCGUGUCGAUCUCAUCAUCGGACCGCACGUCGGUAUCUCGUACUCGGCCAACCCACAAGCCCCACCCACCAAGGUGACCGACUUCGAGAGCAUCGAGCGCAUCACGACGAGUGUGCUGCCGACGUCGCUCACGAAAAGCGACCAUCAGGGUCAUGCUGGUGGCAAGGGCGCAAAGGGCAAGGACCAACCGGAUCUGACGAGCUCGUGUGGUAGCAACGCGUCCAGUAGUGAUGGCGAUCGGGGCAAAAAGGAUGGUAGUAAGAAGGCCGGAGGUGGUGGAUCUUCGUCGGGUGGUGGUGGAAGUCAGUGUGCGUGUGGGGAGAUCAAGACACAGCUGCGGAUUCGGGUCAGCGGCAACAGCGAAGACUUGGCGAUCACGUGCGAUGGCAUCAAGACGUCUGAGAGCAUAGCCGAUCUAGUCGAUGGGUACUGUAGACUAUUUAACAAUAACGACAGCAGUCUGUGGGACCGGACCGUCCUGGCGAAGGGUGUCGGUACGGCCACACCACCAACCGGCAGCAGUGCGACCAAUUCGCUCGAGAAAAGCCAGCUCAAGCGCAGCCUCACGGAGUCACAGACGUCCUCGAGCGAUCGUCACGGUUCGCGAUCUUCGAGCACCGAUCGGCUAAAUGGAGGCAACGGAGGUGAUCCGAUGUCGGACGGCACCACGAACGUUGGUGGUGGCCAACAGCAACCUCCGAAGCCGACGCUUAACGAGGACUACGCGGAGCUGGGAAUGUGUGAUGAGGAGGGUGACUACUCGACACCAGCCGCCCGGGACUACGAGCUGGAGCGGUCACAAAUCACGCUCAACGAGAUCAUCGGCGUGGGUCAGUUUGGGGACGUGCACAUCGGAACCUGCCGGUUGCCGAACAAGUCGACGUUGGUCAGCAAACUGAACCAAUCGCUGACGUCCGAGUUCGACGAGUACUCGCAGAUGGUACUCGACAACGGGAACGCGGAUGCGCAGAAGACGGGUAUCAUCCAGGUGGCGGUUAAAACGUGCAAACCUGACGCAGACCCCACGACGUCGGAGAAGUUCCUCCAGGAAGCCUAUAUCAUGAAAAAGUUCGAACAUCCCCACAUCAUCAAGCUGAUAGGCAUUUCGAGUGGCCCCCCGAUCUGGAUCGUUAUGGAACUGGCGCGUCAUGGAGAGUUGCGCGCUUAUUUGAAGAAAAAUGGCCCCAAACUCAAACUUGGCACCCUGCUGCUCUACUCCUAUCAACUGUCGACGGCGCUCAGCUAUCUGGAAUCGAAAAAGUUCGUUCACCGCGAUAUCGCCGCUCGCAACGUGCUGGUUAGCUCCCCGACGUGUAUCAAGCUUGCCGAUUUUGGACUCUCAAGAUGGGUUGAAGAUCAGUCGUACUACACCUCCACCAAAGGUAUGCUUCCGAUCAAAUGGAUGGCACCGGAAUCGAUCAAUUUCCGCCGCUUCACGACCGCCAGCGAUGUGUGGAUGUUCGGGGUUUGCACGUGGGAGAUUCUCAUGCUCGGUAUCAAACCAUUCCAAGGCGUCAAGAAUUGUGAUGUGAUCGGUAAGCUGGAGAACGGCGAGCGUCUUCCGCUGCCACCGAACUGCCCCCCACGGCUCUACUCGCUGAUGUCACAGUGCUGGUCUUUGGAGCCGCUCAAGCGGCCAAACUUCAAGAGCGUCAAGGAAACACUCUAUGAAAUUCUGAUGGAAGAAAGACACAGCGACUGCGAAACGAUGCGUCGAGAGAAUCGUCGGGUGGCAGCAAUGUCCUGGGGUGCGGGAGAUGAUAUGGCACCACCAAAGCCCGCCAGAGGACCUACAAUGGGAGGCGAUGGUCCCCUUGUGCCCGGCGCACCCCAAACGUACAUAGUGGCCCGUGAUCCGACCGUGCUGGCGGCGCUAAUGCGCGAAAACGAGCAACGGGGCAUCAACGCGUCGUCGUACACCACACCGGCCUCGCAGCAACAGCAGCAUCAAACGCAGCAACCGUACUACCCGCAGGGUAACUCCAUCGUCACGUACCAGCAGUACCAUGCGCAGCAACAGCAGCAACAAGCGCUCGCUGCUGAAUACUACCAGCAUCAGCAGCAACAGCAGCAGCAGCAGCAACAACAACAGCCCCAACAGCAGUACGUGCUGCAACCGUCCCAACAGCAACCGGUUGUUGGAGGUCACACCGGGAACUAUAUGCCGUACGGUGGAGGCGGUCAGUAUCCGCAGCCAUCGUUUGUCAAAUCCCCCCAGCAGGAAGAUCAACCCCCCGGGGGUGCCAAAUCGCGCAGUCUCGAACGGAACGUGGGCCAGAACAUUGUGUCGGCGUACGCGGCGCGCAUCAACUCGCUUGAACGGACGCGCCAGAUGAGCAUGGAGUACGGAAACUCCGUGAAGGCGAUGCGCUCGAACUCACUCACGCGCCAGUACAGUGGCGGAAAUCAGUCGGAUCUCUAUCCGGGUGUUGGUCAUGGUGUACGUUCCGCGAGCUUGGAACGAGGCGCACAGAUGGUGAACACCGCGAAUGUUGGUGGCGGUUCCGUAGCUGCUGGUGGUGCUGGCAGUGGGUUCCUGAAUCGAAUGGGCAGUCUCGAGCGCAAUCCGCAGGCGUCAUCACAGUCGAUCUUCCUCAACUCGAUCAAGGGUGGUAGUCUCGAGCGUAACCAAUCGGUCGCGAUCGUGAACGAUAUGAUGAACAGCAAGAUGGGCUAUAAGGGUGGUAGUCUGGAGCGCAAUCAGCACGUGUUGCUGAACCGGUCAGGAUCCGCAGUCGGGAGCCUCGAGCGCAACAUGCCAUUCCAGAACUAUCGCAGCCCGGUGGCGGCGGCCCCGAAGGAUCAAGAACCAUUCCAGGAGGAAAUUUACGACUUCGGUGGUGUGAACGUGAAAUCAUGCGCCUCGAUCGCGUUGAAGAAGAGCGUUGAAAAGGGCAUGCUGCCACCGAGCUCGUUGGCCGUUUCGCCAGGAAUACCUGCGAACGCCGGUACGAACUUUGCGUUACCACCACCGUACAGCUCGGCUAGCAAGCAACAACAGGCGGCUGCUAACCAACAGCUACAAGGCACUCCACAACGAGCGCUCUGGGGAGGUACAGCUGGUCAUCAGCCCAUAUACAUCCAGCAGGCUCAAGUUCAGCCCUCGGUUGCGGCCGGUGGACCCAUCAUAGGCAUCGCCUCGUCGCAGCAGGUGCAGAUACCGAUGAAGAUCUCCCACAGCCAACCGGUGCAAGCCCUCCAGAUGCAACCGGUGCAAGCGCAACCAAUCCAGCAGAUGGCCACCUCGGUCGCACAACCCGUGCCGCAGCAACAGCAACAGCUUGCGACUCAUACGCAGCAGCAGCCACAGAUGGUCGAACAACUGGCGCAACCGCAGGCCCAACCAGCGCAGUUACAGGAAACGCAACAGAUUCUUGAGGAGAAGCUUCGUAAGCAGCAGCAGGAAAGCGAAAUUGAUUCUCGAUGGCUCCAACAGGAAGAGAACAAUCUCAAGAAGCGGUUGAGUUUGAUAACGGCUAAUGCCGCCAGCAUGUCCCUAGAUCAACCAUCGGGACCUCCGCAGGACGGUGGUACGCCACCGAUCAAUGGCGGGGGCUCGUCGCUUUCCGGAAGCUAUCAUUCCCAGCAGAGUCCGCACUUUUCCCCGCAAAAUACCAUGUCCGGUCCGCAGAGUUUAGGCAGUCACUAUCCCACCACACCAAACACAAGCGAUUCAAGACCAAAUUCACCGGGUUCCGGAGGUGGCAUGAUCAAGUCAAAAAGCUCCUCAAUGGAACGAUGCACGACUCCACAACCGGGUGAUGACAAGUUCGCCGUGAAGAAGGUUGAACCGACGAAGACGAUGCCGCUCGAUCGGACGAACGAUUUGGUCUACAACGCCACGACCAGCGUGGUGAAGUCAAUCAUGGCCCUCAGCCAGGGCGUCGAUCGAGCGCAAGCGGCCGAAUAUUUGAACCUAGUACGAAACGUUGGCUUCGAGUUGCGGGCGCUUCUGGGAGCGGUCGAUCAGCUUUCGGCUAAUUUUCCACCACAACGCUGCAAGGAGGUAGAAAUGGCACACAAAGUAUUAUCCAAAGACAUGCACGAACUAGUUACGGCCAUGCGGCUAGCACAACAGUAUAGCGAGACGACGCUGGACGCCGAAUAUCGAAAAAGUAUGCUGGCUGCGGCUCACGUACUAGCGAUGGAUGCGAAAAAUCUGCUCGACGUAGUUGAUUCUAUUCGCGUGCGCUACCCGAACCUUUUCCCACAGCAACCGAGCGCCCCGACAAGUCCAACGCAACGGCAACAUAACGCCGCGGCCUCGUCAUUAGCCCAUCCGUCCAAUGCCACCCCGUCACCAUUUGUCCAGCACCAGCAACUGCAGCAGCAGCAUUCCUUCGAACAGUCCCAGCUACUGAUGAUGGGCGAAUGCUACCAGAACCUCCAACCAAAGCAACCGAUGCUGGCACACAGCUCGCCACCGACAUCGCUAACACAUUCCUACGAGUCGUCCUCUCCAGGCGCGCCCGCUGCCUCGACGUACGGGAACCAGCAGUGCGGAAUCUACGAUAACGACUGCAUCAUCGGCAGCCAGCAAAUGGCCGGCGAGGGACUGAAGCUCAAGAAACCUGCCAUUGCUGCGAAACCACCGUCGGUUAUGGCGAUGGCCGGUGUGAAGCUAAAACCCGUGGCUGCGGUCCCGUUGGAUCUCUCGGCACCGGAUGGAAGCGGUGAGAAUGGACCCGCUCAGCUAGCGGACAUACAGCUGCCCGAUCCGGUUUCAUGCACGAUCGUGCAGGAAAACCUGCUCGCCGCCAACAACCAGAAGGUGAUGGCUACGAACAAGCUUAGCGGUUAG